AUGUAUGGAUUGAAUUCGGUAAAAUCUUGUGGUGGAUCGCUUAUAAGUCCGAAUGCCGUGCUAACCGCCGCUCAUUGUUGCUACAAAGGGAUUAAUGUGACCGCUUAUAGCAAUUUAAAAAAAGGAGGUUGGACGUAUGACCAACAAAAAUUUAGUUCAAAAAUCAUCAUCCACCCGCUAUUUAGAUCGUUUGCUGGAGGAAUUUUGUUUGAUGUCUGCGUUAUACUCUUCGAUGAACCUUUCGAAAUAACGAACACAACAAAAGUUGUCCAAUUAGGCGGUAGCGAUGUGUUUAAUGAGUUAUUAACCGGCGAUAAAACCGUCUAUAUAGCAGGAUAUGGUCGCAACGAAUAUCAAUGCAAUAACUCCGAACGAAUUCCACACGAAAAAUGGAAUUUGCAAUGCGCAGAAACCAACGUUGUCACUCAAUCGGGGUGUUAUUCAAUUUUAUAUCAAAAUAGUGCGGCGAGAUACUUUAAUGAUGAACUGAUAUUUUGUUCGAUACCUAGUGAAAGCCAAGGAAUCGAUUCUAAAGGUGAUAGUGGCGGUCCGGUUAUAUAUGAACGAAGAGUUCAAGUGGGAAUUAUUUCUUGGGGUUUAGGACCGUGUUCAAGAAAUUUAUCCGUUUAUUGUAGAGUAGAUGCUAAUCGAUAUUUUAUAGAAAGAGCGGCUAGUAGUGUAUUAAUGAACGGAAAGUUAAUUGUUUUUAAAAUGUAUGAUGUGUAG